AUGCCCAUGGGCCACCCAUGGGGUGUCAGUGGCCAGGGAGAUGAAGCCCUGGGCGUGGCGCACGCACCCGGGCUCCCGGCAAGGAAUGGGUGCAGGGCUGGGCUUCGGCCGUCCCCGGGGGAGCGAGUGGGGCGGGGCCGCCGCGCCCGCCUUCUCCUCCUCCUCCUCCCGCCGCGCGGGCUCAGAGCGGCGGCAGCAGCGGCCGCGGCGACAGCUCCGGAUCCUGCUUCGGCUCCCGUUCCGGCUCCCGCGCUCCCGGGCCCUGCGCCCCGACCCCGCCGCCGCGCCUGCCGGGGGCCUUGCGCGCCCCCUCAGCGCUUCACCCUGAAGUUCCUGGCCGUGCUGCUGGCCGCGGGCAUGCUGGCGUUCCUCGGUGCCGUCAUCUGCAUCAUCGCCAGCGUGCCCCUGGCGGCCAGCCCCGCUCGCGCGCUGCCCGGCGGCACCGACAACGCCUCGGCCGCCUCGGCCGCCGGUGCCUCGGGUCCGCAGCGCAGCCUGAGCGCCCUGCACGGCGCGGGCGGCUCAGCCGGGCCCUCGGUGUUGCCCGGGGAGCCGGCGGCCAGUGUCUUCCCGCCGCCGCCCGUGCCGCUGCUCAGUCGCUUCCUCUGCACGCCACUGGCCGCGGCUUGCCCGUCGGGGGCCGAGCAGGGGGACGCGGCGGGCGAGCGCGCAGAGCUGUUGCUGCUGCAGAGCACCGCGGAGCAGCUGCGCCAGACGGCGCUGCAGCAGGAGGCGCGCAUCCGCGCAGACCGGGACACCAUCCGCGAGCUCACCGGCAAGCUGGGCCGCUGCGAGAGCGGCCUGCCGCGCGGCCUCCAGGACGCCGGGCCCCGCCGCGACACCAUGGCAGACGGCGCCUGGGACUCACCCGCGCUGCUCCUGGAGCUGGAGGACGCGGUGCGCGCGCUGCGAGACCGCAUCGAGCGCAUCGAGCAGGAGCUCCCAGCCCGUGGGAACCUCUCCUCGGCGCCGGCCCCAGCCGUGCCCACCGCCCUGCAUUCCAAGAUGGAUGAGCUAGAAGGCCAGCUGCUGGCCAAAGUGCUGGCGCUGGAGAAGGAGCGUGCCGCCCUCAGUCAUGGCAGCCACCAACAGCGACAGGAAGUGGAGAAGGAGCUGGAUGCCCUGCAGGGUCGCGUGGCCGAGCUGGAGCAUGGGUCCUCGGCCUACAGUCCCCCAGAUGCCUUCAAGGUCAGCAUCCCCAUCCGCAACAACUACAUGUAUGCCCGCGUGCGCAAGGCGCUGCCGGAACUGUACGCCUUCACUGCCUGCAUGUGGCUGCGCUCCAGGUCGGGUGGUUCCGGCCAGGGCACCCCCUUCUCCUACUCCGUGCCAGGGCAGGCCAAUGAGAUCGUGCUGCUGGAGGCCGGCCUUGAGCCAAUGGAGCUGCUGAUCAACGACAAGGUGGCCCAGCUGCCUCUGAGCCUGAAAGACAGCAACUGGCACCACAUCUGCAUCGCCUGGACUACACGGGAUGGACUGUGGUCUGCAUACCUGGACGGAGAACUGCGAGGUUCUGGCGAGAACCUGGCAGCCUGGCACCCCAUCAAACCACACGGCAUCCUUAUCCUGGGCCAGGAACAGGAUACCUUGGGAGGCCGAUUUGACGCCACACAGGCCUUUGUCGGUGACAUUGCACAGUUCAACCUGUGGGACCACGCUCUGACACCUGCCCAAGUGCUGGGCAUGGCCAACUGCACCGGGCCACUGAUGGGCAAUGUCCUCCCCUGGGAGGAUAAGCUGGUAGAGGCCUUCGGAGGGGCGAAGAAGGCCGCCUUUGACGUGUGCAAGGGGAGGGCUAAGGCUUGAGGGUCCGCCUUGUUCAGGGCCCCUCCCUCGCCUGUCAGUUUCGGGACUUUGAAGGGGCACAUCCCUCCUCAGCCUGUCCACAUGCUGACCUUCCCUCCUACCCUACUCCUGCCUCUACCUCCACUUCUCCUCAUGGGCACCCACUGCUUCAGAAUGCCCCACCCUGGAUGGAUGUCCCCUGAGCCACGGGAUAGGGACCAGUAUCUCAUAUCAAAGUAGGGGUUGAGGCAGUCCCGCCUCCUGGCAACAUAUUGGCUUGGUCUCUCUUGUCUUAUACACUGUCUUGCCGAUCACAUCGGAUCCCACUAAUUCCAAGGACAUCCAUCCCCUAAGGAGUCGUGGGUAGAGGUGGCCUUUGACCCUCGCAUCCCUUAUGCUCCGGGCCUACAUCAGGCUGUAGAAAGGAUGCCAGAGAUGUGUGAGAUCUGACACUCCUCCUCUCUCUUCCUCAGUUGCCCACAGUGGCAGCAGGGUCAUCGUGCCCACUGACCCCCUCCCUCCUCUCACCAGUUUCUCUGUGUGUUGUGGUUUGAAUGUUGGUUUGAUGUUGGUUAAAGCCCCCACCUCAGUUUCCAGGAUGUUCUCCUUCCAGCCCCCACCCUAGAAGCUAGGGACCAAAACCCCGGCGGCCAAAGGGCUGUUGUCACCCCCUGUACCCACUGGCAACUUUGCCCACCAGCAGGGUGGUCCACCCCCUCCAUGCCCGAGACAGGACCUGCUGGAUCACUCUAGCCUAUCCUGAGAACAUCCAAAACAGAGGCACGGUGACCGAGGAGAGAGACACUUCCCAGGCAAAGCCUGGUGGCCCUGGAAAAGAUGGAGGAUGCUGGGAUGGAAAACAGCACUGAGUGAGACAGAGGACCCCUUGGUUCUUAUGACUUGCUGUGUGACUUUCAGUAAGAACCUACCCUCUCUGGGCCUCGCUUUCUCCUAGUCCCUUACCAACUCUCCCAAGAGCACAGAAGAAUGUCAGAGCUGAGAGAGACCAUCCAUCAUAAGCUCUUGCUGGUGGAAGAUGGAAAAGAGAGAAAGGGCAGUUAACUUGUCCAGGAUUAAACAGCACAGGGUGGCAGGCCCAGAGUCUCCGAGUCCCUCCAAAGUGCUCUUCCCUGUGAACCACACUGCCUGUCCUUGCUUAUACCUGUGCAGGGAGGCACUUGAGAGGACACAUGCUUUCCAAUAGGACACCUCAACACAUUGACAGCCUGAGGAGAUGAGGGAAAGAGCCCAGACAGGCAGAGUUCCAGUAGACACGGAGGGUGCAGGGCCCUGUUGGUCCUCUCUCGAGUGUUGGGGCAGUAGCAGGUCGGCUGAAGCAGUCGGCACUGGUGCCUCUUGCCCCACCCCACCCCACCCCCACUUUUGUCCCUGUCUGUGCUCUCCAUGGCCACUCAGCCCGAGCCAUGACGCAGGAGAGGCGGCAGCCCAUGCCACGGAAGCGUGUCCCAGACUUGCCUCUGGCCUGCAGGUUGUGUUUCCAUUUUGAGAGCAACGACACGGCUCAGCACCUCCAUCCCCGUCCCCUGGAGAUAGCUGCAGAGGCUUCACCCAGGCCUGCUGAGAUCCUGGUUGCCCAGUAACAGCCAAUGACAUCAGCGCCAGUGUUGGGUCAAGUGUCUGUCGUGAGGACACCGGUUGUUGCUGGGUGACAGCUGGAUUCAGAACUUAGACCUGGGGAACUCUGAGCCAUACCGGGCUCUUGCUAUUGUUCUAGAAGAGGCCUUGCUAUUGCUUUAGAGGAGGCCUUGGGAAGACAGAGUCUUAGAAGGGAUGUAGCAGCAUAAACUGCCUGGUAAUUUGAGCCCACCAGACACACCAUCCCCUUCCUUUCUGCUUUGUCUCAGUGGUGAUGAGAAAUAACACCUCAGUCACAUUCCUAUGCCAGGUCACCCUGGUUAAACUUCAACCUCCCCACCCCCAAUACUACCCAGGAGGAUAAAAAUGGAGGCACUGGGGUCAUGGUUCUGAGGAUGGAUUACUGGGGAAAGGGCUGCCUCUCUAUUUCCAAAGUCCCCACCUGCUCUCACCUAUUGUGCUAUGAGCAUUCUCUGAGCAUGUGGAGCACCAUGCUGUCUUCUGCUGGUCCCAAGCACAGCCUACAAGACAGCUGUGGUCCUGAGCUGCCCCUGGGUCUGAUGAAGAUGGAGCUAGGCUGGUUAGAUAGUCUUGGGCAUCGAGACCGCAGAGUGUUGUAUCCGCACCAUCCGGUUUAUCCUCGCAGCACAGUUACAAGGCAAGACUGUGCUUAGCCCUGAGAUGCAGAAGAGAAGGAUGAGACUCGGAGAGGUAAAGUGACUCGCCCGGGGUCGAACGGCCAGCUGGAACAGAGUAGUUUCCAUUUGGAGGCAGGCUAUACGCCUAAAGGACCACACCACUCCUUCAGAGUGCGGAAGGAGCAGAGAUGGGGUGUGGGGCUCAAGGCCGGUGAAGAGGGGGGGUCUCUCACCUAUGCCCAGCCUCAGCCUCAAGCUGAACUGCAGUCUUCAAGGCAAGAAAGGAGUUUCUCCAGAGUGUAGUCAAAGAGGCAGGGUGGAAGUGGUUCUUCCUCAGCCUCUGUUCUGGGCAAGGCCUAUGUCAGGUUCUCUAAGCUGUUUUCUGCCAGAUUCCCCACCUGUGAGGCAUGGAGUGGCCUCUCUCGUGUCUCAUGUCUCUUGUGUCUUACCACAGUUACACAUGAAUGGGGACCGCAGACUGAAGCUUGAGGAUCUGGGGGUAGGGGUGGGGUGGUAACUCAACCCUUGGCUUGUAGAUGAGGAAGCUGAGGUCUGGCCUGGGAGCUCAGAUGACCCGGAAAGCUCCCCUGUCUGUCCUCUUCUUCAGGACCCAGUGGCCACUCUGCCCCUCCCCCCAAAACUGGGUCCUACCUACUAGUCCCAGCACCUUUGGCCUGAGAAAACUGGAGAAUGGUCUCCUCCAAGAUAAGGGACCAGUGUCCUCCUCUCCUCUUGACCCCAGCUGCCUGCCACCCCCAGAUCCCACUUCCCACCCACCCUAUUCCCUGCCCCUGCUGGGUGGAGAACAGGUUCCUCCCCAGGCCCAGCCGCCAGCAGCGAGCACGUGAAGUUGUCUGGUUGGACACUAUGACAUGAGUGCCCUCCACUGCCCUCUUUCCCCACCUUGCCCUGUUUUGUACAUAAGUGACAUGAGAUGCUUUGUGUGUGUAUGUGUGCGUGUGUGGUCUGUGCCAUGGCUUUUCUUACCAUUUCUUGUUUUUGUAAAUUUGAAUGUUCAAAAUAAACAUGUGGUUUA